AUGGCGUCUGCGUCGCCCGCGCCCGCGUCGCGCGCGUCGCGAGCGAACGGGUGGAACCCCGCGCGCGUGGGGUCGACGCGAGGGCGUCCACGGAGGACGGUGCGCGAGCGCGCGCGCGUCGAACGCGCGUCGAAGACGAUUCGUGGCACCGCGUCAAACGAUGGAUUCGCCGUCGGUGACGACGACGUGCGCGUCUUGGACGCGCGUGAACCGGUCGAUCCCGACGAACGAUUGAUUAAUGAUGAUUUAGCGCCGGUGACGGCGCGUGAGAGGACGUUUACGACGAAGGAUGUCGCGGCGUUGUGGGUGGGCAUCGUGUGUUGCGUCCCGGCGUGGACGUUGAUUUCAUCCGUGUGCGCGAUCGGGUUCUCGGCCGCGGAAGCGAUGACGACGAUCGCGAUCGCGAACGUGAUCGUGUUGGCGCCCAUGGUGGCGAACGGGUACGCGGGGACAAAGUAUGGGUUGGGAUUUCCCGUGCUGUGUCGCGCCGCGUUUGGGAUUCGCGGUGCCAACGUGGCGACGAUGGCGCGCGCGUUCGUCGCCACCGGGUGGUUCGGGAUACAGACCAACAUGGGUGGGGAAUCUCUGUUGACGAUAUGUAGGAGCGUCCUCGGGAGCGCGAGCGUCGAUGGGUUCGGCGUGAUCGGGUGGUUGGGCAUGAGCGCGCCCGGUUUGGCGUGUUAUUUAGCGUUUCUCGCCGCGCAGCUCUACGUCGUGUACAACGGGAUAGAGAGCAUUCGUAAGCUCGAGGAAUACGCGGCGCCGGUGCUCAUCGCACUCUCGCUCGCGCUCUUCGCUUGGGCCAUGAACGCGGCGGGUGGAUUGGGGCCGAUGUUGAGCGCGCCGAGCGCAUUCGCCGCCGGAGGCGCGAAGGCGGGCACCUUCCACGGAGCAAUCUUUCCCGUCAUCACAGCCACGGUGGGGUUCUGGAGUACGCUUUCUCUAAACAUUAGCGACUUCACGCGCUAUGCAAAGAGUCAACGAGUGCAAAUCGUGGGCCAGGCUGUUGGUUUGCCCUUCUUUAUGGCGACGUUUUCGUUCAUCGCGCUCGCCGUGACGAGCUGUACGGUGGUCAUCUACGGCGCCGCGAUUCCAGACCCUAUAGCGCUCGUGUCACGUAUGAAUAACGGUCCGAUGACGACAAUCAUAGCGAUGGGCGGGCUCGUCAUCGCCACGCUCUCGACGAACAUCGCGGCGAACGUCGUGGCUCCGGCGAACGCGUUGGUGAACGCCUUUCCAAAACAAAUGAGUUUUCGUAGAGCCGGUUUCAUCACCGCCGCCCUCGGGACAGCCUUCAUGCCCUGGAAGCUCACGUCGGGGUCGGGUUACAUAUUCGUUUGGCUCAUCGGCUACGCCGCGCUGCUCGGUCCGAUCACCGGUAUCAUGAUUGUCGAUUUCUUUUUCAUCCGCCGCCGCCAGCUGGACGUAGACGCGCUAUUCAGCAUGCGGCGGGACUCAAAGUACUGGUACGCCAACGGAUUCAACCUCCGAGCGCUCACGAGCUUCGCCGUAGGCGCCGGCCUGUGCGUGCCGGGAUUCUUACACACGGUCGGCGUCAAUCCGACGUGCGGCGCCUUGUUCCGCGUCUUGUACGACAACGCGUGGUUCGUGUCCUUCUUCGUGGGCGGAGGCUUGUAUUACGCGCUCGAGUCGAUGCGAAAACACCAGCGCGCGCGCCCGCGGACUCCUCCCGAGGGCCACGUCGUGUACACGUUCGACGCGUAG